AUGGGCAAGGGAACAGACAAGCUCUACAUCACCCACUCCGAGUGGUCCUCGUCCGACGCCUUCUCCGCCAGCGUCGGCUCCAACGUCCGAUCGUCCACCAACGCGCCCUUUCGCCGCCUGCCCUUCAACUUCUGCGCCGCCUCCCUCCAGCCCUUCAAGAACCCCGUCUGCACGCCCGCGGGCACCAUCUUCGACGUCGAGGUCAUCUCGUCCUGGCUCGACAAGCAUCCCCACCAGAACCCCGUCGACGGCUCCGAGCUGCACCGCAAGGACCUGAUCCGCCUCGAGUUCGCCCGCAAUGCCGGCAGCGACAGCCUCGGCGCCGGCCUGAGCGACGGCAAGGGUGAUCUCGUCGACCCCGUCACCUUCAAGGUCUUCACCGACAACACCCACAUUGUCGCCAUUCGUCACGGCAGCUAUGCCAACGUCUUCGCCUGGGACACGGUCGAGCGCAUGAACAUCAAGCCCAAGAUGUGGCAGGACCUCGUCGACGACCAGCCCUUUACCCGCGCCGACAUUAUCACCCUCCAGGACCCCCAGAACGCCGCCAGCCGCAACCUCGACGACUUCAAGUACCUCAAGGAGGGCCUCGACGCCCAGCGGACGAGCGAGCAAGAGGAGGAGCGCCAGGCCGGCGAUAUCAACGCCGCCGCGCUGGGGAGCAUGGGCGACAAGGUCAGCAAGGCCAAGGCGGCCGUGGACAAGGCGCGGCGCGCGCGGGAGACUGGGGGCGACGUCAACCGGAGCUCCCACUCGGCCGCCCUGGCCAGGCAAGGCGGCGCCGCGGCUGUCGCGCGGAAGCCCAUGAUCCAGGACCGGAAACUGGCCGCCAACUCGGCCGCCUACACGACCGGCAAGGCCGCCGCCAGCUUCACCAGCACGGGCCUCACGCCCGAGACGAGCGGCGAGCGCGCCCUGCUGUCCGAGGAGGACUACAUGCUCAAGCCCAAGCGCGUCCUGAUCAAGGGCUACGCCCGCAUGGCGACCAACCUCGGUGACAUGACCAUUGAGCUGCACCCCGAGUACGCGCCCAAGGCCGUCUGGAACUUUGUCCGGCUCGCCCAGCGGGGCUACUACCGCAACAUCCCCUUUCACCGCAACAUCCCCAAGUUCAUGAUUCAGGGCGGCGACCCCACGGGCACCGGCAAGGGAGGGCAGAGCGUCUGGGGCAAAUACUUUAGCGACGAGUUUGAGGGUCCCAUGACACACGCGGCGCGCGGCACGCUGAGCAUGGCCAACAAGGGCAAGAACACCAACUCGAGCCAAUUUUUCAUCACGUACAAGGCGACGCCGCACCUGGACCGCAAGCACACUGUGUUCGGGACCGUGAUCGAGGGCCUGGACACGCUGACCAAGCUCGAGGCCACGCCCGUCGACGGCGGGAAUCGGCCGACGAGGGACAUUACCAUCAAGGACAUUGUGGUCUACGUUGACCCCUUUGAGGAGUUUCAGAAGCAAAAGAGCAAGAAGGAGGCAGAGGAGGAGGAGAUGGAGAGGCUGCGGAGGGAGGGCGGCACCGAGGACGACAAGACCACGUGGACUGGGAAGCGGAUCAGGGGCGAUGGCACGAUGGACAGCGGACCGGCCGUCGGCGUGGGCAAGUACCUGGACGUGCGCCGGUCGAACGGGCAGGACACGGCGGCGGACGCGGACGAGGAGGAAAACAACACGUGGGACGAGGUCCAGCCUGCGAAGAAGAAGGUCCGCACGGGUGGAUUUGGCAACUUUGACAACUGGUGA